AUGGUCCGUUCUUUACUCAGAAAUUUCUUCCUCCCCACGAGGGCGCGCAGUGCCUCAGGGGCGGAUGCGCCUGCGACUCCAAGCUGGAUCAACAAAAAAGUCACUCCUGUCAUACAGACUCUCUCGCGCCGAGCAUGUCUCCACCCUAUACACACGAUCGUGAUAGUCGCGGUCCUAGCCAGCACAACAUACAUCGGUCUCUUAGAAGGCAGUCUCUUUGACUCGGCCAAGUCGGACACACUGGGCAAGGCGGACUGGGCGUCUUUGCUUGAGGGCAGCAGGCAAUUGAGAGUUGGAGCGGAGACUGGCUGGAAAUGGCAGAAUACGGACUCGGACUCCCCGGUUCCCCCAAACGUCGACCACCUGGCUCUGCUCACAUUUGUUUUCCCGGAUUCCCUGGCAACUUCCUCCCUACAAACCGCUCCUUUGGCCCACACCAUACCCCUCCCGCAAAAUCUUUCAGUUACAGAACUUCCCCCGACCUCCAACCCACUUUCAGCAAUCUCCCAGGAUACGGCUUUGGCAUAUUCGGUUCCCUACAAUCAAGCCGCGGAGUUCCUCGCCAGCGCUCAAGAGCUGCCAAAUGCUAUUACAACACCCAAGGACGAAAGUGCUCGCCAUGGUUACGAGGCAGAGCCCAUCCAGGAACAGAAGAUGUGGAUUAUGAAGGCUGCAAAAGUAUCCGGAAAAAGCGACUUGAAAACCUGGGUGUCCAAUGCCUGGGGCGAGUUUGUGGACCUGAUCAAGAAUGCCGAGACCCUGGAUAUAAUCAUCGUGGUUCUGGGAUAUAUUUCCAUGCACCUGACUUUCGUAUCACUUUUCGUUUCGAUGCGCCGCAUGGGGUCGAACUUUUGGCUAUUUACAACUACGCUUUUCUCUUCGGUCUUCGCAUUCCUGUUCGGUCUUAUCGUGACGACCAAGAUGGGAGUGUCCUUGAACAUGGUUUUAUUAUCCGAAGGAGUCCCCUUCUUGGUCGUCACUAUUGGCUUUGAAAAGGCAAUUGUCUUGACCAAGGCUGUUUUGACCGCAUCUCUCGACACGAGAAGGCCGCAACCGAAAGACAGCCCAAGGCUCGGUGUUUCAGACCAGAAAAGUUCCUUGCCCACGUCUAUUCAAUCUGCUGUUCAAGUCGCCAUCAAGGAGAAGGGCUACGAAAUCGUCAGAGACUAUGCUAUCGAGAUCUGCAUCCUCGUCGCUGGCGCUGCAUCUGGUGUACAGGGUGGAUUGCAACAGUUCUGCUUCUUGGCUGCCUGGAUUCUUGUGUUUGACUGCAUUCUUCUGUUCACAUUCUACACGGCAGUCUUGAGCAUCAAGCUUGAGAUCAAUCGAAUCAAACGUCAUGUCGCUCUUCGCCAAGCUUUGGAGGACGACGGAAUCAAUCAUAGGGUUGCUGAGAAUGUGGCUGAAAGUGAUGAGUGGCCCAAGGCUGACAAGGCUGGAAACAACGAGACGAGCAUCUUUGGCCGCAAGGUCAGAGAUAGCAGUGUCCCAAAGUUCAAAGUCCUGAUGGUCUCUGGCUUUGUCAUUAUCAAUAUCCUCAAUCUCUGCACACUUCCAUUCAGAGGUGCCAAAAGCAAUGCAGAAGUCCCGCGUGUAACCGGACUGUCUGGGCAAGGCUUUGCAGGUGUUAUGGCUCCAUUACCGAUGGAUCCAUUCAAAGUUGCUUCAAACGGUCUUAACUCGAUCUUUGAGAUGGCAAAGACUGGUGGUAAAUCUACCGUGGUUACUAUCCUCAGCCCGAUCAAAUACGAGCUUGAAUAUCCCUCUGUCCACUACGGAAACAUGGCCAAGGGUCCUCUUGAGACCGUUCUCUCGGAAGACCACGUCUAUGGAAUGAGUGGCCGUGUUGUCGACAGUCUCUUGAAGAGUCUCGAAGACCCUAUCCUGUCGAAGUGGAUCAUCUUUCUUCUUGCGUUGAGUGUUAUCCUCAAUGGGUAUCUAUUCAAUGCUGCCAGAUGGAGUAUUAAAGAGCCCCUCCAGAUGCCUCCACACCAUCCCGUCCAUGCGGCCGAACUUGACCGUGCCGAAAAAUUCAACAACGCUGCUACAAUGCAACCUCCGAGACUUCCAUCCCUUGGCAGCCACAGCACUUCCGCCUCGGUUGAGAAGAUUGCCCCCUUGACACCUGCUACUACAGACGAUGAAGAUGACGGGCUCACCAUGCGCAGGCGUCAUGACGCUGUUGCAAAUGUUGAACCAGCCCUGCGCCGAACGCAAGCUCAAAUGGAGCAGAUGUUAAAAGAAAAGCGUGCUCCUGAACUAACAGACAAGGAGUUAGUGGAACUGUCGCUGCAAGGCAAGAUCGCCGGAUACGCCUUAGAGAAGACACUAGGUGACACUACCCGAGCUGUGAAGAUCAGAAGAUCGAUUAUCUCACGCACCGCUGCCACUGCCGAAACCACAAGUCUUCUGGAGAGAUCUCUUCUUCCUUACGAACACUACGAUUUUGAUCGUGUCUUGGGUGCAUGCUGCGAGAACGUCGUUGGCUACAUGCCACUACCUCUUGGUGUUGCUGGCCCUAUCGUCGUCGAUGGUCAGAGUUUCUUUAUUCCUAUGGCGACGACCGAAGGUGUAUUGGUGGCAAGUACAAGCCGAGGAGCCAAAGCCAUCAACGCCGGAGGUGGAGCAACAACCGUGUUAAUCGGUGACGGGAUGACUCGUGGUCCUUGUGUUGCAUUUGAAUCGCUUGCGCGAGCAGGUGCAGCCAAGGUUUGGCUCGAUUCCGAGGCUGGACAAAGGACCAUGACUAAGGCUUUCAACUCGACCAGUAGAUUCGCCCGUCUUCAGUCGAUCAAGACUUCCCUUGCAGGCACAUACUUAUACCCACGAUUCAAGACGACCACCGGGGAUGCCAUGGGAAUGAACAUGAUUUCCAAGGGUGUGGAGCACGCUCUCAGCGUUAUGGCUACCGAAGCUGGGUUUGAUGACAUGGAAAUCAUCUCGGUUUCUGGAAACAUGUGCACGGACAAGAAGGCGGCGGCUAUCAACUGGAUCGAUGGUAGAGGAAAGAGUGUAGUUGCUGAGGCUAUCAUUCCGGGAGACGUAGUCCGCAAGGUCCUGAAGUCUGAUGUUGAUGAGUUGGUGGAGUUAAACACUGCCAAGAACUUGGUCGGUAGUGCUUUGGCUGGAGCUAUGGGUGGUUUUAACGCCCAUGCUGCAAAUAUUGUUGCUGCUAUAUUCUUGGCUACUGGUCAAGAUCCUGCCCAAGUUGUUGAGAGCGCCAACUGCAUCACGUUGAUGAAGAAUCUUCGUGGUGAUCUGCAGAUCAGCGUCUCCAUGCCUUCAAUAGAGGUCGGUACAUUGGGUGGCGGUACUAUCCUCGAACCACAAGCAGCCAUGCUUGACUUGCUCGGCGUCCGAGGAUCGCAUCCCACAAACCCGGGUGAAAACGCCCGCAAACUCGCCCGCAUCAUCGCCGCCUCUGUCCUUGCCGGAGAGCUGUCCCUCUGCAGCGCUCUCCGAGCCGGCCAUCUCGUUAAGUCACACAUGGCACACAACAGAAGUGCGCCACCCACACGAAGCACCACCCCGGCGCCAUCCGGCACCCAAACACCCGUCACAGCAGCCAUUUCUUCCAUGCAAGACAAAGCUGGUCUCGUCCUAUCCCCAGCCGCUACACUCAGAGCCGCUGAGGUGAAGAGGUGA